UUGGGACUGGGAGUUUUAUUAUUGUUUUGUUACCAUUUUGCGGCCGCCAACUCGGCCAUUUCCUACCGAUACCGACUGCUAGGCGUCGAAGGAUCAUUCUCGAGGCAUUCGACUUUUUCUCGCACGAACGCUGCUUGACCACCAGUCGAGGCCAUGGAUGUCCAACCAAAGGACAUCAAGGUCCUGGAGACUGUGGAGGACAUCCAGGACAGACGUGACCAAGUCUUGGGCCGGUACACACAGUUCAAAUCUGAGGCUCGUCAUAAACGGGAUCGCCUGGAAGAGUCGCGACGUUUCCAGUAUUUCAAACGAGAUGCGGACGAACUGGAAUCUUGGAUCCAUGAGAAGUUGCAGGCUGCGUCAGAUGAGAGCUACAAAGAUCCCACCAACCUUCAAGCUAAGAUACAGAAGCACCAAGCAUUUGAAGCUGAAGUGGCAGCACACAGCAAUGCCAUUGUUGUGCUGGACAACACUGGAAUGGAAAUGAUUGGCUACGGCCACUUUGCUUCUGAAAGUAUUAAGCAAAGACUGGAUGAGCUUCACCGUUUGUGGGAGCUCCUGCUGAGCAAGCUGGCUGACAAAGGUCUGAGAUUGCAACAGGCACUUGUCCUGGUCCAGUUUCAGCGCCAUUGCGAUGAAGUCAUGUUCUGGAUCAACGACAAGGAGACUUUCGUCAUGACAGACGAGUUUGGUCAGGACCUGGAACACGUGGAGGUGCUUCAGCGCAAGUUUGAUGAGUUCCAGAAGGACAUGGCAAGUCAAGAGUUCAGGGUGACCGAAGUUAACGAACAAGCGGAAAAACUCAUCAACGAUCAACACCCAGAGCGCGACACAAUCCGAAGAAGGCGUGAGGACCUGAAUGACGCAUGGCAAAAGCUGAAGUCACUGACGUUGCUGCGGCAGGAACGUCUGUUUGGCGCUCACGAGAUCCAGCGGUUCAACAGGGAUGCUGAUGAAACCAUCACGUGGAUCACUGAGAAAGACGUGGUGCUGUCUUCAGAUGAUUACGGCCGGGACCUAGUGAGUGUGCAGACGCUCCAGCGCAAGCACGAAGGCAUCGAGCGUGACCUUGCUGCGCUUGAAGACAAGGUGAUGACCCUAGGACAGGAAGCUGACCGCCUGUGCAACAUUCACAGCGACCACAGAGAUCAAAUUAGAGGAAAGCACGCAGAGAUUGUUGGUGCAUGGGAAAUGUUAAAAGCAAAGGCUCAGGAGCGACGUCGUAGACUGGACGAGUCUUACCUUCUUCACCGUUUCCUUGCGGAUUUCCGCGACCUCGUCUUUUGGAUUCAAGACGAGCUAGCUAUUAUCUCUGCCGACGAGCUGGCUAAAGACGUAGCUGGGGCAGAAGCCUUACUGGAACGCCACCAGGAGCACAAGGGGGAAAUCGACGCCCGCGAAGACAGCUUCCGGGCCACAAACGAUGCUGGGCAGUUGCUCCUGGAUCAGAACCAUUAUGCCGCGGAUGAAGUCAAAGAAAAGCUGACAACGCUUGCCAACAAGAAAGCCACCUUGCUUCAGCUCUGGGAAGAGCGCCGCAUCCUGUACGAGCAGUGCAUGGACCUGCAGCUCUUCUACCGCGACACUGAACAGGCGGACACGUGGAUGGCAAAGCAGGAGGCGUUCCUGGCGAACCAAGACCUGGGUGACUCACCGGACUCUGUUGAGGCCCUGUUGAAGAAGCAUGAAGAUUUUGGAAAAUCUCUUACUGCGCAAGAGGAGAAAAUCAAGGCACUCGAAGAAUUUGCAACUAAGCUCAUUGAAGGUCAGCACUAUGCAGCUGAUGAUGUUGCACAAAGGAGGGCAGCGCUCUUGGAAAGAAGGAAUGCCCUGUUGGCACGAUCGGACGCGCGCCAUGCCAUGUUGGAGGAGUCUUACCGCCUCCAGCAGUUUGAGAGGGACUGUGAUGAGACAAAGGGGUGGAUCAAUGAGAAGCUGAAGACUGCUACAGAUGAGAGUUAUCUUGACCCAACCAACUUAAAUGGCAAGGUUCAGAAGCACCAGAACUUCAUCCAGGAACUCAAUGCAAAUCGUAGCCGUGUGGAAGACAUCACCAGCACAGGGCAGGAGCUCAUUGAAGCCAGGCAUUACGCAUCUGACCGUAUUGGUGAACGCAUGGAGGAAAUUCUGAACCUGUGGCAGACUCUAAAUGAAGCGGCAGAGACAAAAGGAACGAAGUUGAACGAAGCUUCAGCGCAACAGCAGUUCAACCGAGGGGUCGAAGAUAUUGAACUUUGGCUCUCUGAGAUCGAAGGGCAACUCAUGUCAGAAGACUAUGGCAAGGACCUUACGAAUGUUAAUAACCUGCUCAAGAAACAUGCACUUCUAGAAGCUGACGUUACAUCUCAUUCCGACCGCAUUGACGGAGUGAUGAUUCAGGCCCAGCAAUUUGUUGAGAAAGGCCACUUCGAUGCACCAGCAAUCGCAGCAAAGAAGGCUGCCCUAGUCGAGCGCUACAACGGCUUGCAGGGCCCCAUGGAAGCGCGCAAGCAGAAACUGCACGAUGCCAUGCGUGUGCAGCAGCUCUUCAGGGACAUCGAAGACGAAGAGGCCUGGAUACGCGAAAAGGAGCCCAUAGCUGCAUCAACCAACCGAGGUCGUGACUUGAUUGGGGUCCAGAACCUCAUCAAAAAGCACCAGGCUGUACUGGCCGAGAUAAACAACCACGAGGUUAGAGUGCGCGGUGUCUGCCAGUCCGGAGAGACUAUGGUUGCAGACGGCCACUUCGCUCAGGAUGAAAUAAAAAAGCGCAUCACCAACCUCAGUGACAAGUGGCAGCAGCUCAAGGAUAAAGCGCUGCAACGUAAGACCGACCUAGAAGACUCCCUGCAAGCGCAUCAGUACUUUGCCGAUGCGAAUGAGGCUGAGUCGUGGAUGAAGGAGAAGGAACCAGUAGUAGGCAGUCAGGACUACGGCAAGGAUGAAGAUUCUGCCGAGGCUUUGCUGAAGAAGCAUGAAGCACUCAUGGCAGACCUGGAAGCCUUUGGAAACUCUGUGGAUGCCCUACGUGAACAAGCUCAGUCCUGCCGCCAACAGGAAGCCCCUGUAGUAGAUCAGGCUGGCAAGGAGUUUGUGAUGGCCCUCUACGAUUACACCGAGAAAAGCCCUCGGGAAGUAUCCAUGAAGAAGAAUGAUGUUCUCACCCUGCUGAACAGCAACAAUAAGGAUUGGUGGAAAGUGGAGGUGAACGAUCGCCAAGGAUUUGUGCCUGCUGCCUAUGUGAAGAAGAUGGAAGCUGGCCUGUCUGCCAGCCAGCAGCAUCUGGCAGAAGGGAACAGCAUAGGAGCGCGCCAAGCUCAAAUCGAGGCCCAAUACGGAAACCUUAUGGACCUGGGACAGGGCAGAGUUGAUAAGCUUACGGAGUCCCUCAGGGCGUACCAGCUGGUACGAGAGGCAGCCGAGUUGGCACAGUGGAUCAAAGACAAGGAACAAGUUGCCCAGGUGCAAGAGGUGGGAGAGGAUCUGGAACAGGUCGAAGUACUCCAGAAGAAGUUCGACGACUUCAUGUCGGACUUGAAGGGCAACGAAGUGCGUCUGGGUGAAAUGAACAACAUUGCCAACAAGCUGAUGAGCUUGGGACAGACAGAAGCUGCUGUCAAGAUUCAGACACAAAUUGAGGAUCUCAAUCAGAAGUGGCAGCAUCUUAAUGAGGUGACUCAAGAGAGGGCACAGCAGUUGGGCUCUGCCCAUGAAGUGCAACGCUUCCAGAGGGACGUGGAUGAGACCAAGGAUUGGAUCACGGAGAAAGAUGAUGCCCUGGCUGCCGACGACUGUGGCCACGACCUGCGCAGUGUGCAGACGUUACAGCGAAAGCACGAGGGUCUCGAGCGAGACCUGGCUGCUCUCGGAGACAGGAUUCACCAACUGGAUGACACUGCUGGCCGUCUGGUGAACACCCAUCCUGAAUCAUCUGAGACAACAAUAACAAAGCAGAAAGAAAUUAUUCAGGAAUGGACGCGACUCACAACCAAAGCCAAGGCUCGCAAAGAAAAGCUCCUGGACUCUUACGAUCUCCAGCGUUUCCUUGCCGACUACAGAGACCUAACAUCAUGGAUCAACAGCAUGAUGGCUUUAGUGUCCUCUGAUGAGCUGGCUUCUGACGUAACAGGUGCUGAAGCAUUACUAGAAAGGCAUUUGACGUACCGUGCAGAGAUAGACGCCAGAUAUGGUAUCCCACAGGAGCACCGCACUGAGAUUGAUGCACGUGCUGGGACCUUCCAAGCUUUUGAGAUGUUCGGACAGCAACUGCUUCAGAAUGGUCACUAUGCUAGUGCUGAAAUCCAAGACAAGCUGGACAAGAUGACAGAAGCACGCAAAGAACUGGAGAAGGCGUGGAUCGCACGCCGCGUAAAAGUGGACCAGUGCUUGGACCUGCAGCUUUUCUACCGCGACUGUGAGCAGGCGGAGAACUGGAUGGCCAGUAGGGAGGCAUUUCUGGGCUCUGAAGACAUGGGAGGCGAUAAUGUUGAAGCCCUCAUCAAGAAACAUGAAGACUUUGAUAAGGCGAUUAAUGCCCAGGAAGAGAAAAUAGCUGCCUUAGCAGCUCUCGCAGAUAAGCUAGUUUCCUCUGACCACUACGCUGGAGAUGACAUCAAGGAAAAGAAGGAUCAGGUGUUGGACAGGUGGAAGCAUCUGAAGGAAGCCCUCAUUGAGAAGCGCUCCCGUUUGGGUGAGUCUCAGACACUGCAGCAGUUCAGCCGUGAUGCCGAUGAAAUCGAAAACUGGAUUGCCGAAAAGCUUCAAAUGGCUGUGGAUGAGUCUUACAAGGAUCCUGCUAAUAUUCAGAGCAAGCACAAGAAGCAUCAGGCCUUUGAAGCCGAGCUGGCAGCCAAUGCAGAUCGUAUCCAGGCUGUGCUAGCUAUGGGACAGAAUCUUAUUGACAAACGCCAGUGCGCUGGCUCUGAGGAUGCCGUGCAGUCACGCCUGGGCUCCAUUGCCGAUCAGUGGGAGCACCUCACAACCAAAUCAUCAGAGAAGAGCAUGAAGCUCAAGGAGGCUAACAAGCAGAGGACUUUCAAUGCUGCAGUCAAGGACAUAGACUUCUGGCUCGGAGAGGUGGAGUCACUGCUGAAGAGUGAAGACUCUGGCAAGGACCUGGCGUCGGUACAGAACCUGAUGAAGAAGCACCAGCUGGUGGAGGCAGACAUCCUUGCCCACGAGGACCGCGUGCGGGACCUCAACUCGCUUGCUGACUCGCUGGUGGAGUCCGGGCAGUUCCAUGCCCCGGCCAUUCAGGAGAAGCGGUCCUCCAUCAACGAGCGCUACGAGCGGGUGCGCACGCUGGCUGCCUACCGCCGGUCUCGUCUCAACGAAGCCAACACGCUGCACCAGUUCUUCAGGGACAUUGCGGAUGAGGAAUCCUGGAUUAAGGAGAAGAAGCUGCUGGUGAGUUCCGACGACUAUGGACGUGACCUCGCUGGAGUGCAGAACCUGCGCAAGAAACACAAGCGUCUGGAAUCCGAGCUCGGUGCCCACGAACCGGCAGUGCAGGCAGUUCAAGAAGCUGGGCACAAACUAAUGGCUGAGUCUAAUCUUGGAGUCCCUGAAAUUGAGCAACGUCUCCAGGCACUCGAGCUCACCUGGCAGGAGCUCAAGCAGAUGGCUGGUGACCGUGGUCACAAGCUAGAUGAGUCCCUGGUGUACCAGCAGUUCUUAGCCAAAGUUGAAGAGGAAGAGGCCUGGAUAUCAGAAAAGCAGCAGUUGCUGUCCGACGAAGAUUAUGGCGACACCAUGGCAGCUGUGCAAGGCCUCCUCAAAAAGCACGAGGCUUUUGAAGCCGACUUUGCGGUGCACAGGGAACGCUGCGGAGACAUUGUGACAGCGGGACAGGGCUUGGUGUCUGAAGGAAAUCACCACAAAGACAGCAUCAAGCAGCGCCUUGACCAACUGACGGCACGGCUGGAUGCCCUGGAGGCCAGUGCUUCACGCCGUAAGACAAAACUGCAGGACAACUCUGCUUACCUUCAGUUCAUGUGGAAGGCCGACGUUGUCGAGAGUUGGAUCGCUGACAAAGAGCCUCAUGUGCGAUCUGAGGACUUUGGCAGAGAUCUGUCAUCCGUGCAGACCCUGCUGACCAAGCAGGAAACCUUUGAUGCUGGCCUGGCAGCCUUUGAGCAGGAGGGAAUACAGAGCAUCACUCAGCUCAGGGAUCAAUUGGUAGCUGCCAAACAUGAUCAGACACCUGCUAUUAUGAAGAGACAUGAUGAUGUGCUGACAAGAUGGAACAACCUCCUUGCCCCCUCGGAAGCACGCAAAUUGAGACUUCUGCACAUGCUGGAUCAGUUCAAGCAGAUUGAAGACCUCUUCUUGAUAUUUGCCAAAAAAGCGUCUGCAUUCAACAGCUGGUUCGAAAAUGCGGAGGAGGAUCUCACAGAUCCAGUGCGCUGUAACUCUGUGGAAGAGAUCCGCGCGUUGCGGGAGGCCCACGCUCAGUUCCAGCAUUCCCUGAGCUCUGCCAGGACCGACUUCGAAGCCUUGGCUUCCCUGGACAAGCAGAUAAAGAGCUUCAACGUGGGCCCCAACCCCUACACCUGGUUCACCAUGGAAGCUCUCGAGGACACCUGGCGCAACCUGCAGAAGAUUAUUCAGGAACGAGAUGUCGAACUGGCCAAAGAAGCCCAACGCCAAGAAGAGAACGACCGCCUCCGCUUGGAGUUUGCAAAACAUGCCAAUGCUUUGCAUGAAUGGCUGACAGAUACAAGGAUGUGGCUCCUAGAUGGGUCUGGAACCUUGGAAGAUCAGCUGGAAGCCACAAAGCGCAAAGCAGCUGAAGUAAGAGCCAAGAGAGCUGACUUGAAGCACAUUGAGGACCUGGGAGCACAGCUGGAAGAACACCUUAUCCUUGACAAUCGCUACACAGAGCACAGCACUGUGGGACUAGCUCAACAAUGGGAUCAGUUAGAUCAACUGGGUAUGCGCAUGCAGCAUAAUCUAGAGCAGCAGAUACAAGCCAGAAACCAGAGUGGUGUUACAGAAGAUUCUCUCAAGGAGUUCAGCAUGAUGUUCAAGCACUUUGAUAAGGACAAGAGUGGGAAGCUUAACCAAGUGGAAUUCAAAUCCUGCCUUCGUGCCUUGGGCUAUGACCUGCCCAUGGUUGAAGAGGGCCAGCCUGACCCAGAGUUCGAUGCCAUCCUGGACAUGGUGGAUCCCAACAGAGAUGGUCAUGUAUCCCUGCAAGAAUACAUGGCCUUCAUGAUAUCACGGGAGACAGAGAACGUUCGCUCCUCGGAAGAGAUAGAGAAUGCCUUCCGAGCCAUCACCUCCGGCGACCGCCCCUAUGUCACUGCCGACGAGUUGUACGCGAACCUCACAAAGGAGAUGGCAGACUACUGCGUGUCUCGCAUGAAACCGUACAUUGACCCCAAGAGUGGUCGUUCCAUCCAGGGUGCCUACGACUAUAUAGAAUUUACACAGACACUAUUCCAGAACUAAACUUUUUUUCCUGUUGGUUGCCUGACUGACUGCAUAGCAAAUGGCUGUCUCUUUCCACUACCUUAAUGUGAUAAAAUUGGACAUGGCAAAGCAAUUAACCCAGUUACAAGCACCACACAUGCGCUAAUGCACCAGGGGUUUGGUAAGAAAGAAAGAAAGAAAGAAGGUGUGGCAUCUGGUAGGUUACACAUUUAUUCGCUAGAUAAGCAGUUUUGAAGUAAGCCUUUCCUAGCUUGGUGUUAGUUGUACUUUUAUGCUGCAGGUUUGCUUGCAAAACAUAGUAUUGUGCAUCUCUGUUCGUUUCAGCUUGGUUGUGAAAGCUCGCAAACUAGAGCGGUUGACUUUCUUGUGGCAGCUCUGAGAAGAAACCAGCUUAUUCUAUUAUUGGCCUCUCUGGAAUGUAUCAUUGGCCUUUGUAGCGGUAUGGUUAUAAGAGAACCUAAAUAAAGUUGGUGUAGUCGGCUAAA